AUUUAGAAACGCUUGGAAACCGUGUUUAACACUAAUUGUGUUAAUAUAUUGUUAUUUUAUUUUGAUCGGGACUAGCACACGCUAUCAGUAAUAAAAUUCUUAUCACAUUUAGACAAACCCAAGAUUUUAAUGCAUCGUCUUCGUCAGCUGUGAAGAACAGAGUGUAGUAGACAUUUAAUGCUAUACUUUUGAGAUUACCGAAUUGCAAACGGGAAAAAAAUAAAACGUUCAAAAAUGACGCAAAAAUAUAUGGCAUUGUUGCACGAAACUUGUUAUCAUUACGCCGAAGAACAUCUUGGAGAGACAGCUGCACGGAGAAAUGCUGGAAUAGCAGAAAUUGAGCAAUGGUUGCAAAAUGAACGGCCUAAUAUUGUUUUGCCCAACGACGUGCGAUAUGUCGUGUAUUUUUUACGCACUACGAAAUUCGACGUUAAUAAAGCUAAACGAAAAAUUCAGAUGUACUGUAAAAUUCGCUCCGCUCGUAUUGAAUGGUUUAAAAAUCGAAAUCCUUUUCUACCAGAGGUUCUGGAACUAUUAGAUAUCGGCAUUUUUCUUCCGUUGCGUGAAAAAGAUGAAUUAAACCGGCAAGUAGUUAUUAUAAGAACUGCGGCUCAUAAUCCGAAAUGUCAUAGCCAGGAUAAUGUUUUUAAAGUGGACAAAAUGAUUUUGGAUCUCUUACUGUAUCUAGAUGAGACUAUAUCUAUCUACGGUAUAGUAGCGAUUUUCGACAUGAAAAAUGUAACUUUAGGUCACGCCCUUCAGUUACCACCCUCCCUUGUAAAAAGAACUGUUGAGAGCUGGGAAAACUAUCCGUGUCGGCCACAAUUGUUGGAAUUUGUAAAUGCACCGAUACACGUUAACGUCAUAUUGAAUGUUUUCCGGAGUUUCAUGAGUGCAAAAAUGAAAUCUCGGGUUAAGAUUUCCAGGAGGGAUACAUACGUUUCCAAAUACAUCAAUUUACCACCGGAACUUGGAGGAACUGGAGAGUCCUAUCAUGACCUCACCAUGUACUGGAAGCAACAAGUGCAAGAACAUGCGGUAUGGUUUGCUGAAACAGAUCAAAAUAAUCAGCGAACUUCCUGACAUUAUUUAAUAAUAAAUAAUAUAGUAAGUUAUUCCUCACACACCCGUAUGUCUUUUUGACGUAGAGCUACGUUUUACGGCAAGUUUUGAGAUAGGGUAUCAUUCCAAAAAAUCAAAAAAUGCGAGCGUCGCGAAAAAUGAUAUAUACCUAAGGUUUUGAGCACUAAUAGCUCAACGGUUUUCCGAUCGAUUUUCAAUAUUUUUGCACCAAUCGAUCGGAAAAUCUUCUACGCAUCCACACCAAUAAAGAAAACUAUUGAUUUUUAAGUGUGCACAAUUGAAAAAUCGGAUAUAAUGGACCAUUGUCCACCUAGAAAUCCUCGCUUCGUGAUUGGUUUUUGGAAAUAACGUCAUCAAAAGUGGUAACUCGUUUUCGGCUUAUAAUUCAGUUAAUUUUCAAUAGAUUUCCAACAUAUUUAACCCAAUCGAUCGGAAAAUCGAAUUGGAAAAUAUAGAAAACAAUUGAUUUUCAAUGCGCGUCAUUGAAAAAUAGAGAAUAACUAACUCGGUCUAACUAGAAAUU